GCGUAUAUAUCCUAUCUUUCGCUGGUUUCCACGGAGAGAAAGAGCUCAAGGGAGUAACAGUACAGCGGCCGGGCGAGCGAGAUUGCGAGAGAGAGAUGGUCAUGGAGAUGUUGAAUAGUAUAAUAUACCCACCCCAACCAUCUUUAAUACUUACAAUAAUAUCAGCUAUCGAAGUUUUGGUACUCUGCAACGCCGGUUUUAUGGAAACUAAAGGAACCCAUAUGCAGUAUUCUAAGUUCUGGUCUUCUUCCACUACUGCUAAUGGCUCUGAUGAUCGCAGAAUUUCUAGUCGUGUUGGCAUGCUUAUUUUCUAUACUCCGGCGCUUUUCGCCGGAGUUUUGGGUCUGAUUCUUUUUCCCGGCGAGAGUUUGAGGUUUUAUUUGGUGGCUGCUUCACUUGUUGUCCAUUUUCUCAAGAGGGAUAUUGAGGUUCUGUUCGUUCACAAGUUCAGCGGCAGCAGCUCUCUUGAUCAUUCAAUUAUCAUUGCUACAUCAUAUUUCGUCAUUACAGCAGGCACAAUCUAUGGCCAAUACCUGAGCCGAGGGCUGCCUGAGCCGUCGACUGACUUGACAUUUGCUGGUGUUGCCAUAUUCCUGAUAGGAAUUACUGGUAAUUUCUACCAUCAUUACAUUCUUUCUAAUCUACGAAAGGAGGGUGAGAAACAGUACAAGAUUCCUCGAGGGGGUCUAUUUGGUCUAGUGAUAUGUCCACAUUAUGCAUUUGAGCUUCUGGGUUUCGUGGGCAUAUGUUUGAUCUCUCAAACCAUAUAUCCAUUUCUCUUCUUGUUGGGCAUGAGUGGUUACCUUGUGGGAAGGAGCUAUGCCACGAAGAAAUGGUACAUUUCCAAAUUUGAAGACUUCCCGAAGGAUGUCAAGGCUCUGAUUCCUUUUGUUUUCUAGAUAAUAUGUUACUUGUAAUCACCUGCUAUGGAUGUGUAGAAAAACUCUUGCGUUCACUUCAAUUCUAUCCUGUUUCUUUCA